UACGGGUGCUCAUUAGGUCUGUCAAUAUUUAAAGUUCGGGAAAGUUAAAAAGUAAAUACACAGUGGUUUUUAAGGGGGUUUGACCACACAACCCAUCCGUUUUAAAAGAAGAUUUUCAUUUAUUGUUAAAAGAAACAGAUUUUAAAUAUUUUGGGGGGUUUAAAUAUAGCUGUCCCACCGCUUCUCUCCUCAGUCUGGCAGGCAGCUAGCUAGCAGCGCUAGCACUGGUCCAGCUGGUAGCAAUGGCUGCAGUUAUUCUGAGUUUUCCUACACUACAGGGUCUGAGAAUAUUCACACAGAAGCUGUCAUGGACCAAAAGAGGAGUGAGGCUUGUUUCAGGAGAGGUGGGAAGGAUCGAAAAGGUGCUGAUUGCCAACCGAGGAGAGAUCGCGUGCCGUGUGAUGCGAACAGCUAAGAAGAUGGGUGUGCGUUCUGUGGCCGUGUACAGCGAUGCAGACAGACACUCCAUGCAUGUGGCCAUGGCAGAUGAAGCCUACCACAUCGGGCCUCCACCUUCCCAACAGAGUUACCUCUCUAUGGAGAAAGUUUUGAAAGUGGCCAAAAAAUCCGGAUCACAUGCAGUUCAUCCAGGCUACGGCUUUCUGUCUGAAAACACAGAGUUUGCAGAAGCGUGCAAACAGGAAGGAAUCAUCUUCAUUGGGCCUCCUUCCUCUGCCAUCAGAGACAUGGGAAUCAAGAGCACAUCCAAACACAUCAUGGCUGCUGCUGGGGUGCCAAUCAUUGGAGGUUACCAUGGAGAGGACCAGUCCGAUGAACGGCUGCAAGCAGAGGCAGCCCGGAUUGGAUACCCUGUCAUGAUCAAGGCCGUCCGGGGAGGAGGGGGGAAGGGAAUGCGUAUCGCUCGGUCAGACUCCGACUUCUUGGAGCAGCUGGAGUCGGCAAGACGAGAAGCCAGGAAGUCCUUCAAUGAUGAUGUGAUGCUGGUUGAAAAGUUUGUUGAGGAUCCCAGACAUGUAGAAGUCCAGGUGUUCGGGGACAUGCAUGGAAACGCUGUCUAUCUUUUUGAGAGGGAUUGCAGCGUCCAAAGGAGACAUCAGAAAAUAAUCGAGGAGGCACCUGGACCUGGAAUCAGCCCUGAAGUUCGGAGGAAACUGGGAGAGGCGGCAGUCAGAGCAGCUAAGGCUGUGAACUACGUGGGAGCAGGAACGGUGGAGUUUAUAAUGGAUGCACAGCACAACUUCUACUUCAUGGAGAUGAACACCAGGCUGCAGGUGGAGCAUCCUGUCAGUGAGAUGAUCACUGGGACCGACCUGGUGGAGUGGCAGCUCAGGGUGGCAGCAGGGGAGCGUCUGCCCCUCCUCCAGGAUGUUAUAACCUUAAGGGGCCACUCUUUUGAAGCUCGCAUCUAUGCCGAGGACCCAAACAACGACUUCCUUCCAGGAGCGGGGCCCCUGCUGCAUCUGUCCACGCCUGCAGCAGACCAGCACACUCGCAUAGAGACCGGGGUCAGAGAAGGGGACGAGGUUUCUGCUCAUUAUGACCCAAUGAUUGCCAAGCUUGUGGUUUGGGGAGAGGACCGAUCUGCUGCCUUAAAGAAGCUACGAUACUGUUUACGACAAUAUAAUAUCGUGGGAUUAAACACCAACAUAGACUUCCUGCUGAGCCUCUCCGGUCACCCAGAGUUUGAGGCGGGACGCGUGAGCACCAGCUUUAUCCCUCAGUACUACGCAGAUCUCUUUCCCACCCCGAGAGCGCCAUCUGGGGAGACGAUCUGCCAGGCUGCCCUGGGCCUGCUGCUGCAGGAGAGAAAACACACAGAGAGCUUCACCCAGUCCUCCACAGAUCCUUUCUCUCCGUUCGGUUCCAGCAGCGGCUGGAGAAACAACAUUCAGUUUAACAGAAAUAUGACCUUACAGCUGGGAGACAAAAAGGUUGAUGUUGUCAUCACGUAUAACUCAGACGACAGCUACAGAAUGCAGGUGGGAGAGGAAGUGUACCAUGUGACCGGGGCCAUUGAGCUGGAGGGCGGGGCUUCGUUCCUGCACUGCUCAGUAAAUGGAGUGAAGUCUCGUCCCAAACUGGUGAUCCUGGAAGACACAGUUCACCUGUUCUCCAUGGAAGGAAGCACCCAGAUUUCUGUUCCUGUGCCGAAGUAUCUGGCUGGUGUGAGCGGGUCAGGGGCCCAGGGGGGAGCCGUUGCCCCCAUGACUGGAACCAUAGAGAAGGUGCUGGUGAAGGCUGGAGAUAAAGUGAGCGCUGGAGACCCUCUGAUGGUCAUGAUAGCCAUGAAGAUGGAGCACACGAUCCGGGCGCCAAAAUCAGGCGUGAUUAAAAAGGUUUUCUUCAGCGAGGGCUCUCAGGCCAGCCGGCACGCCGCUCUGGUGGAACUGGAGGAGGAAGAGGGAGGCAGCCAGUAAACUUUCCCACAGUUAAACCCACAAACUGACUGAGGGGGGGUGCAGGGAUGGAGGCGAGCUGAGUGAGAUUUUAAACCAUCUGUCACAGAGCAGUGGUGCAGUUAUUCAGUGUUUCACUGCAUAAACUUCACAUCUUUAAGAUACUGUUGCCCUUUUUAGACACAUCACUACGUCCUGUUGAUUUCUAGUUUCUUUAAAAUGUCUGCAGUGAGUCAUACUGUCCUGCAGGUCCUUAAGUAGCAUCAGUCUCAUUUACUUUUGCCGUGGAUCUAUUAAAAGAAAAAUUAAGAAAGAGACCUGAGUCUUAGAAAAUGUUAAAUAAAAUAAACUCAAAACAAACAUAAUUGUCUUCAUUGAUCUAAAGCUACUGAAUCACAGUUGAUGGCAGGUUUAAUUAGAACAGCACCAACCCAUCCGACAGAUCAGAUUGGGCUCCUUGAUCGGCUCUGAUGGUUUAGCAGUGGGUUCAAAACUGAAUGAUUAUCUUCUAUAUUAAUUGUCGUGAAAGUUUCAAGUGUUUGUGCUGAUAUUGUUGAAGGGUUUUGACCUUUCUGUAUCUCUCCCUCCCAACAAAGCAUCAAUCUCCAGUCCUGAAGGGCCAACGUCCUGCCUGUUUUAGAUGUGCCUCUGCCUGGAAACUAGGGCUGAAACCAUCGAGUUAAUCGUUAUGAAUCAAUUUUUGUAAUAAUCGUCAACUAAUUUAAUCAUUAACCGGAGCAUAGAGAAUCUAACACAUGAUUUUAGCUGACAGAGUGACCCACUUAGAGCAGUCAUUAUACAAAAUUUGUAAAAAAAAAAAAAAAGUUAAUAUUUUGCAUUUAAGAUAAAAAUAAAUAAAACUUUUUUGUCUGUCAAUAUGCUCUAUCCAGACCUCCACAAGUGGAAAAGUUUGAGUUUCACCUGGUUUAAUUUUUGUAAAAGGUCUUUAAGGAACCUUUUGCUAUCCGUUUAUUAAUCGAUAAAUUAAAUUUCACGGAUUAAACGAUUUGCAAAAUGAUCGUUUGUUGCAGCCCUACUGGAAACGAUCGAUUCAAAUGCCUUAAUUGCAUUUGCCCUCGGUAGCUUAUUAAGUAAAGAACCACUGAUUUGAUUCGGGUCUGUUGAAGCAAACAGUCAUCUAGGACACCGGUUCCCAUGAGGACAAACUUUGGACACCAGUAGAAUAGAUGGAGUACAAGUUCAGUUUCUUUCACUGUGUCCUUGCGGGGGAUGAAAAUGUUUGGCAUAAACACACAACGUUUAAAGAUAAAAAUCCUUUGAUAUCAGCACUAGACAGCUCCCACUGACAUCAAAUAAUACAGCAACAUGUUUACCAUGUAUCAGAGGUAGAGUUUCAACAGAAACCAGUUUAAUUCUGGGUAAUUUGUCCAACCUUUAUUCCUUCAUGCUCAAGUUACCACCACCAAAGGUAGAUACAGAUGCAGUAACCCUAAAAUGUGCAUUUGUAUAGAUAUACUGUCUUCUUUCUGUACAAUUCAGCUGGUAUUUAAAGUCAUUUGUUAAGAAGCUCAACAACCUGAUCAAUUUUUCUGAAACCAGAGCAGUCCAGAGUAAUUUUGCAUCAGUAGAGUUCUUUCAAAAAGGUAUUUUUGGUACCAGAUCUGGCCUAAAGAUUGCCCGUUCCAUGAAAAGUCGGUCACAGGCAGCUUUGGGCGGACAGAUGUUUGUUUCUUGCUAAAUCCGCCAACAGAUGAGGAUCACACAACGGCGGUUUGAGCAGGAGAAGCUUCAGCCGGUCACCCUCUCCUAACUAACGCCAUGCUAUGAGGCCUUUUAGACUAAACUGUAACUCCUGUUUAUUUCAUGGACUUUUUGUAGCUUAUUUUGAAUGUUAGAUUUGUCAAAUGCUGUAAUAAACGUUUUCUUUUUAAUAUA